AUGCUAAUGAACAACAUUUUUAAGACUGUCAUAGGCUGGAAAGCACCGGGACGCUUGAGAAACCUGGCUGCACGAGCCAUCAGCAGCAACCUGAAGCUUCCACCUGCACAGUUGCUGAAGCUAAACAGGGUUGAGUCUGGUCAGUACCUGGAUGGGAGAAGUCCUAGGAAGACUAGGUUGCUACUGGAAGAUGUGUUAGUGAGGCCAGCAGAGGGAGCACAUCCUGUUGCUCUGAGUGUGUUUGGUGAGUCAGUGUCAGUGAUGGAGGGAGAUUCUGUCACUCUAAACACUGAUGUUACUGAAAUACAUGAGGAUGAUGAAAUACUGUGGAAUUUUGGAGCUGAAAGGUUUAUCGUAGCUAAAAUAAAUAGAGGGGCUGGAAUCUUCUCCAUAUUUGAUGGUGUUCUUGAUGGGAAAUUCAAAGAAAGACUGAAGCUGAACAAACAAACUGGAUCUCUGACCAUCACAAACAUCACAACUCAACAUGCUGGACUCUAUAAACUAGAGAUACAUGGAGCGAAACUGACAACAAAAGCAUUCAGUGUUUUUGUCUAUGCUCAUCUACCUGUUCCGAACAUUACCAGAGACUGUUUUUCAUCAUCAUCUUCAUAUUGUUCAUUGGUGUGUUCGGUGGUGAAUGUGGGUCAUGUGACUCUCUCCUGGUACAAAGGACACAGUUUAUUGUCCAGCAUCAGUGUGUCUGAUCUCAGCAUCAGUCUCUCUCUACCUCUGGAGGUGGAAUAUCAGGAUAACAACACCUACAGCUGUGUGCUCAACAAUCCCAUCAGCAACCAGACGAGACACCUCAACAUUACACAGCACUGUCAGCCAUGUGCAGAUCAGGGCCUACCGUUAUCUUAUUUAGCGGUGAUCUCUAUUCCUGUUGCUGUAUCUCUGUUGAUUGUCACCGCAGUCGUGAUCUUCUGGAUCUACAAGAAAUAUAGAAAAACUGAUCAAGAAGUUGAGACUCGUGAUGAUGAGGUUACUUACACUGAGCCAGUGUUCUACAAAAGAAAUGCACAUAAAUCGAAUAAGAAAGAUACAGAGGAAGAGCAUGUGGACUAUACACCUGUCGCCAUGAGAAGAGAGGAAACUCGUACCGAGUCUGAGUCUGUGGAUGAGUUUUGGAAGUGGUCGGCUUAUUAG